UCACCCGGCCUCAGCGCGCGUCCCUUCUUGACGUCUCCGUCUGGGUCCAAGCGCCCGUCGACAUCAGGAACCCUCCAAGCGCCUUCCUUACCUCCUUGCUCUCUUCCCUGCCUCUUUCUUUAUGUGCAAAACUCAGGUGGAACGGAGCGGCGGAGCCUCGGGUUUUCCAGGGGGAAGUGGCGGCGCGGUUGCACUUGUUCGGAGGAGAGGGGGUGUUGUUGUCUGUUUGUUGUGAGUGGAGCGGCUGAAAGGAAAGAAUCAUGAGUGAAUUUCGAAUCCAUCAUGAUGUGAAUGAACUGAUCAGUUUGCUUCGUGUUCGUGGUGGUGAUGGAGCUGAAGUGUACAUUGAUCUCCUUCAAAAAAAUAGAACUCCAUACGUCACAACUACUGUGUCCUCCCAUAGUGCAAAGGUAAAAAUAGCUGAGUUUUCAAGAAGUCCUGAAGAAUUUCUUAGGAAGUAUGAUGAACUGAAAUCAAUAAAUGUACGGAAUGUGGAUCCAUUGGUUUACCUGUUAUCAAAGCUUACUGAAGAUAAAGAGACUCUGCAGUACUUGCAACAGAAUGCUAAGGACAGAGCAGAACAUUUAUCCAAUGCUUUAGCUAGCAGUAGUACAACAUUCAGCGUCCCAACGACGACUGCCAAACUCUCGAUACAGGAGCUUGAAGAACUUCGAAAACAGCUCGGUACUGUCACUACUACUACAAAUUCACAGCAGCCACUUGAAGUAGUCCGAAAGCUCCUUCGUGACAAGCAUAACAAGAGAAAUCCAGGGCUGAUAAUUCCACAUUUCCCUCCAUGGGUGUAUGAAAGGCCAGCCCUUCUGGGAGACUUUAUAAACAGCUCCAGUCCAAUCACUGAGACAGUAGUCUCUAUAGGAACGUUAGCUCUUCCUGCACAAGAACAAAUGAUAGUUGAAGAUUUGCUGUACGUUUUGAUUGGAGUAGAUGGGAAGUACAUCACAGCACAACCGUUAAUGGGAAGGCAGAGUCGAUCCUUUACUGUUGAUCCCACAUUGGACAUGUCUGUUAAAGAACUUGUAAAUAGGAUCCUUCCAAUAGCAGCCAGCUACUCCUCUGUCACCAGGUUCAUUGAAGAUAAGUCCUCCUUUGAGCAUGGUCAAGUAAACCAUGCUUUGGCUGCAGCAAUGCGGACACUUGUGAAGGAGUACAUGAUCCUCGUGACACAACUGGAACAUUUACAGCGACAAGGGCUGCUCUCAUUACAAAAACUUUGGUUUUAUGUCCAGCCAACUAUAAGAACAAUGCAGAUCUUGGCUUCAAUAGCUACUUCUGUGGAGAAAGGAGAAUGCAUGGGGGGUUCAACGCUAAGUGUACUCCAUGAUCGGACGUUUAACUACACAGGAGACAGUCAGGCACAAGAGCUGUGUCUCUACCUGACUAAAGCAGCCAGUGUUCCAUACUUUGAAAUUUUAGAGAAGUGGAUCUACAGGGGAAUCAUACAAGAUCCUUACAGUGAAUUCAUGGUGGAAGAACAUGAAUUGCAAAAAGAGAAAAUUCAGGAGGAUUACAAUGACAAGUACUGGGAUCAGAGGUACACCAUCAUCCAGCACCGAAUCCCUUCGUUCCUGCAGAAGUUAGCUGACAAGAUACUGAGUACAGGAAAAUAUCUUAACGUCGUUCGAGAAUGUGGUCGUGAUGUGACCUGUCCCGAUGCCAAGGAAGUGAUCUAUACUCUGAAGGAAAGAGCAUACGUGGAACAAAUUGAAAAAUCUUACAACUAUGCCAGCAAAGUUCUAUUAGACUUCUUAAUGAAGGAUAAAGAACUCCUGGCACGACUCAGGUACAAGGCCUCAAAUCAUUUAUUGAAAAAGGAAAUUUUUUUUAUGUUGGUUGCCUAUGGUAUUUGA